AUGAUAACCACACUGCUCUGUUCUGGCGGCGUCCUGAAGACCUACGCUCCUGCAGAGAACGUGGGAGCAGCGCCUCUGUUUUGCUCCAAAGUCAUUAUUCUGUCACGGCCACCUGAUGUUGUCUCACCACCUGAUGUCGCCUCCUCACCACCUGAUGUCGUCUCAUCACCUGAUGUUGUCUCACCACCUGAUGUUGUCUCACCACCUGAUGUUGUCUCAUCACCUGAUGUCGUCUCAUCACCUGAUGUCGUCUCAUCACCUGAUGUUGUCUCACCACCUGAUGUCGCCUCCUCACCACCUCAUGUCGUCUCACCACCUGAUGACGUCUGGGCGACGCCACAGCAGAGACUCCAGACACAGUACACAGGACACAACGGAGCCCCCGGCACCUGGCAUCCACCUGGCUACGGCAGCUCUGCCAGGGGAGCCACUGCUGUGAGAUUCUGCCAGCCCGGCAGCGCAGCCAGUGGAGUGCACAGCAGCUUACAGCUGGUGGUGCACAGGGCGACGCCACAGCAGAGACUCCAGACACAGUACACGGGACACAACGGAGCCCCCGGCACCUGGCAUCCACCUGGCUAUGGCAGCUCUGCCAGGGGAGCCACUGCUGUGAGAUUCUGCCAGCCCGGCAGCGUAGCCAGUGGAGUGCACAGCAGCUUACAGCUGGUGGUGCACAGGGCGACGCCACAGCAGAGACUCCAGACACAGUACACGGGACACAACGGAGCCCCCGGCACCUGGCAUCCACCUGGCUACGGCAGCUCUGCCAGGGGAGCCACUGCUGUGAGAUUCUGCCAGCCCGGCAGCGCAGCCAGUGGAGUGCACAGCAGCUUACAGCUGGUGGUGCACAGGGCGACGCCACAGCAGAGACUCCAGACACAGUACACGGGACACAACGGAGCCCCCGGCACCUGGCAUCCACCUGGCUACGGCAGCUCUGCCAGGGGAGCCACUGCUGUGAGAUUCUGCCAGCCCGGCAGCGCAGCCAGUAGAGUGCACAGCAGCUUACAGCUGGUGGUGCACAGGGCGACGCCACAGCAGAGACUCCAGACACAGUACACAGGACACAACGGAGCCCCCGGCACCUGGCAUCCACCUGGCUACGGCAGCUCUGCCAGGGGAGCCACUGCUGUGAGAUUCUGCCAGCCCGGCAGCGCAGCCAGUGGAGUGCACAGCAGCUUACAGCUGGUGGUGCACAGGGCGACGCCACAGCAGAGACUCCAGACACAGUACACGGGACACAACGGAGCCCCCGGCACCUGGCAUCCACCUGGAUACGGCAGCUCUGCCAGGGGAGCCACUGCUAGACUCCAGACACAGUACACGGGACACAACGGAGCCCCCGGCACCUGGCAUCCACCUGGCUACGGCAGCUCUGCCAGGGGAGCCACUGCUGUGAGAUUCUGCCAGCCCGGCAGCGCAGCCAGUGGAGUGCACAGCAGCUUACAGCUGGUGGUGCACAGGGCGACGCCACAGCAGAGACUCCAGACACAGUACACGGGACACAACGGAGCCCCCGGCACCUGGCAUCCACCUGGCUACGGCAGCUCUGCCAGGGGAGCCACUGCUGUGAGAUUCUGCCAGCCCGGCAGCGCAGCCAGUGGAGUGCACAGCAGCUUACAGCUGGUGGUGCACAGGGCGACGCCACAGCAGAGACUCCAGACACAGUACACGGGACACAACGGAGCCCCCGGCACCUGGCAUCCACCUGGCUACGGCAGCUCUGCCAGGGGAGCCACUGCUGUGAGAUUCUGCCAGCCCGGCAGCGCAGCCAGUGGAGUGCACAGCAGCUUACAGCUGGUGGUGCACAGGGCGACGCCACAGCAGAGACUCCAGACACAGUACACGGGACACAACGGAGCCCCCGGCACCUGGCAUCCACCUGGCUACGGCAGCUCUGCCAGGGGAGCCACUGCUGUGAGAUUCUGCCAGCCCGGCAGCGCAGCCAGUGGAGUGCACAGCAGCUUACAGCUGGUGGUGCACAGGGCGACGCCACAGCAGAGACUCCAGACACAGUACACGGGACACAACGGAGCCCCCGGCACCUGGCAUUCACCUGGCUACGGCAGCUCUACCAGGGGAGCCACUGCUGUGAGAUUCUGCCAGCCCGGCAGCGCAGCCAGUGGAGUGCACAGCAGCUUACAGCUGGUGGUGCACAGGGCGACGCCACAGCUGCCAAGCACUACAUGCUGCUCACCAGUAUGUAGUUUUCUUUUCCCUCAUGAGUGCAAUGGAUAG